GCAGCGAGGGGCGGGACCUGGAGACCAGGAAAUGGUGUCAGGGCUGUAAACAGGCACAUGGAGGGGCUGUUAAAGCUGGAAGAGUUUCCCUCCCUCUCCUCCAGCAUGUUCCAUCUGGGCUGGACACUGUGACUAGGAGAGCUGAUGUCUGAUGGUGCCACUGAUCUGCAGGCUCCACAGAGCCAACUCCAGGCCAUGGAGCAAGGGAUGGGAGAUGGGGAGCAGCCAGAUGGUCACCUACCAUUCAAGGUGCCUGAGCCAGGGCUGGAGGGUGCAGCUGCUCUCUGCAGCCCUGGCUUCCAGCAGUCCCAGGAGUUGGAGCUCCCGGAAUCCCAAAGACAUGCCCCACUGGAGUGUGCCAGCACCCAGCUCCAUGGAGCUCUGAGCAGCCUCAGGAAGCCCGACUACGGUUUGCUACACUUUGGGGAAGAUGUCAAGAGCCGGAAAAGACCCAAGCUGUCCAAUGGGGCCCAGACCAGUCCUAGCCUCAUCUCCCACUUCCCUCAAGCACUGAGUGAGAUGGAGACCAAUGGACCACCCCGCAUUGGACACAUCUUCCAGAGCAGUAGCCUGGAUCUGCACAGCAGGUGCCCUCAGGAUGGGCUGCGACACAUGAGGACUUUGGACAAUCCCAAAGCUGCCCAUUCAGGGGCCUCAAUGCUCUACCAGCCCAGCACAGAACCAUCAGAGUCCCCCUCCAUGGAUUAUGGACCUGAGGAUUGCUGCCAGUGGAGCAGCAGGGCUCCUGUGGUGGGUAGCAGCAUGAGCAGUCAGGCCAGCAAGGUUACGGGUUUGUAUGCUGAGCUGGUGAAGGAGCUGGAGCUGCAGAUGUCAGAGUUGCGGAAGCUCCUUGCCUCUCGGGAAGAGGCUGCUGUGCAGCAAGAGAGGAGGAUAAAGGAGCUGGAGUUGGAGAACCAGCAGCUGAAGAGCCAGCUCCGGAACCUGGAGGAGGAGAAUGACUUGCUCUCCAGCAGGAAUGGGGCAGGAGGGUCAGGGGUGGCUGCAGUGAGGACAGUCCUGGGCCCUGGCGCUGGUGGCAUUGACAUCAACGAGAGCAACAUCCAGUUCCUCAAGGGCCUGGUGGGGCUGCUAGAGAGCAACUCAGCAUUACAGGUCAACGGCCUCCAGUCUUUCUCUCCGAGUGCUGGGGAGCAGAGGUGCACCCCUGCUGACAUCCCAAAGAGCCCCCCUGUUUGGAGGAUGCGAGCUGUGGUCCCAAGCAGCUUCUCCCCCUGGGUGAGCACAGAUGAUGGAGUGGGGAGCCCGGCCAUGCUCAGUGAUGCCACCUGCUUAUGGGAGGAAAGCAUUCAAGAUACAUUGCCUGAUGGGACACCAGUGUGGGCAUCGCCCAUGGAGGAGAAUGGGAGGCCCAAGCUGGAGCUGACCCCCAACUCUGGGGUCUAUAUCACCCACCAUCAGCUGGAUGACCUCUCGCAGGUCUCCACUGACAAGCCCAAGCUGAUGACCAGGCGCCUGCUGGAUUACUUUUUCUCCCGGGAGACACUCGCCAGGUCGUCAGCCACUGGCCAGCGCAUCGCUCACAACAACACUACCAUGGAGAAGCCCAUCCGCCUGCCCGUUAUAGUGGUUAACGCUAUCAAAGAGUACGUCACCAGAGCAUGCGGCAGGGGCUGCAACUUCAAUGCCGUGAUCAACAGCAAGUGCGGUACCUCUAGGAGAGCAGUCAAGAAAAUGAUCGUCAAGAUGGAGUGAAAGACACGAAGGCUGGCAUGUCACGAGGUUCCAUCCCAGCAGUGGUGAGCCAGUCACUGCAGAAAUCCUCCUUAGAGGACCCAUUGCUCCCUCACCAUCCUAGGCACUGGCAGGGAGAGCAGUAUGACAGCACAGCUGACCUGGGCUCCCUUCCAUGCAGCAGUGAUUGGGGGUGGGGUAUGAUGGAGACAGCACUUGUAAAGAGGCAUGUUACCUGGUCAGGAGUGGCAAGACAUGAACCCUCCUGUACUUCAGGACUUGAUGCCUGCUUAGUGGCCAGAAUUAAGUGUAGGUGUCAGUGUGGGAAGGAUUUAUCCUCCACUGAAGUACAUGGUGUGUGUCACUGUUGGAGAAGGGGGCUGAUGAGAUGGACCACCCAUGGGUCUGUUCUCGCAUGGUCAAUCCUCCAUUCCAUCUUCUGUAGUGCACAGGGCAGGGAGAGCUGGUCUGUGCUGGGAUUCCACAUUUGCCAAGCAAAAUCCUGCACGGUCCAUGUUUGAAAUCUAAGUCUAGUAAUUUCCAUUUGAGAAUCCCAGAUCUGUGAGGCUCUGCAUUCACUCCAGAGCCUCCUCAGCAUUUCCAAGGUUUAUUGUCCAAGGGAUAGUGCUGGCCAGGGGCAGGCAGCGGAGAACAGUGCAGGUCCUGUGCUGUAGAUCGGCCAGAGAGAAUUCAUAGAUUCAUAGAUGUUAGGGUCGGAAGGGACCUCAAUAGAUCAUCGAGUCCGACCCCCUGCAUAGGCAGGAAAGAGGGCUGGGUCUAGAUGACCCCAGCUAGAUGCAUAUUCAACCUCCUCUUAAAGACCCCCAGGGUAAGUUUCAUUUGAAACAUUUCUUACCAGACUCGAGAUGAAAACCAUCCCAUCUAGGCCACAGCUUUAGGCAUUGGACUGAGGUAGAAAUAUUGCCACGCUGAACAGGGAGGGUGGAAUUCUCUAUCUCCUCUCAACCUGGGGCAAUGUCUGUCCUCACACAGUAGCUCCUUGGAUCACUCAAAUCUAUUUCCUGCUCGCUGAAGCUGUUAGAAUUUAACUGUGUCCAAGAGAAUUAUUUUUUUUCCUGUAAAGAAAUUCAGUUCUGACACAUAUUCUAUUUCUUGUAAAUAAAAUAAUCCUUCCUCUUCCCUAAUAAAGGCUGGACUCUAACAGUAUAGGCUCAGUCAUUUCUGCUCAUGGGAAGUGGAGUGGAUUUGUCUAAUUGUUUAUCCCCAUAGUUUCUGGGUUCAUUAUACUAAAGGUAGCAUCUUAAGAUACCAAGAAGCUGACAGAAUCAUUUUAAUUAGUAAUUCCUUCCUCCCUGCCAGCCUAUUAUUUACCCUCCCCAUCUACACACACACUUCCCAAGCCAAAAGUCAACCUGAAGAUGGAAAAAAAAAAUCCAAAUGGCUUUUUUGCUACAGCCUCUGGCCAGCUCCACCAGGUUCAGGCUGAGACUGGGGCUUUCUAGAAGAUGAUUAGUUGCAGAUGCUGAAGUUGGUUUAACAUGGCAGGGUAGGAAGGGGACAGAUGGGAGAGAAAGUAAUGGUGACAUGCCAUUGUUUUCAGUGUCUGAGCUCUCUCCUAGCCUUUUUGAUCAGUUGCUGUAUUUUUCUCCUACCCAGAGCUCGUGAAUGAGGUGUGGCCUUAAUGCUCUGGAGACUGAAAGCAUUUGGGUAAUGAUGACAGAACAUGGACAGCAGCAGGCCUUCUGCUAUGCAACCCCAUUGUACUGCAGCUUUGGAGGGGGAACUCAGGCUCCAGCUCCUCCUUUCCAUUUUGGAUUAAGGCUGACAAGUGGGGAGUAUUGCAAAAGGGCUUCUUGCUACCUGGAAGCUUGUUUGUAAGGAAUCACCAAGUCAUGGUAUGAGGCUGGGCAGGUCAGUGUAAAGCUCAUCUCAUCUCCAGAUAGAGGGACUCACAGACCCACAACUGAGGUUGGAUGCAAUGACAGGAGGCUUUUAGGCCAGUGUGUGUGUGUUGGGAGGUGUGAUGAUGAGAAGCUCUGAAAGAUGGGAGCUAACAGGUUACUAACUGGGAGACCUUGCCUACACUCAGAAGUGAGCUUGCAAUAGGUGCAGCACAAGCUUAGAAUGCAACAUAACUGUGUGGGGACAGUCUUGUUAACAUAAUACAAGCAGCGCCAUAUUGGGUCAGACCAAUGGUCCAUCUAGCCUUCUAUCCUCUCUCUGAUAGGGGCAAGAGAAAAUAUGUACAGAGCAUGUCUGGUGUAAUCCAUACCCUUCUUGGUAUCCACCAUCAUUGGUUUAGAGGUGCCAGAGGACACACCCCUGACUGUUCUGUUUAAUAGCUAUUAAUGGUUCUAUCAUCCAUGAAUUUGUCUAGUACCUUUUUGAAUCUGGCCAUGCUAUCUGCCUCUAAAACCUCCUGUGGUGAUGAAUUCCACGAGUUGCUGCAUACACUGGUCUGGAAACUGUCUGUGCAUGGAGUUAUUCUGAAACAGCAACUUCAGAAUGACUCGCUGUAGAAAAAGCUCUAGACCUCUUGAGGACAAGGACUGUUGAUGUUAUGUACAGCUCUUAGCAUGAUGAGGCUAAACGCAAGUAAAUUAACGUGGUCCAUGAGGUAAAGCACUGGCCUAGUGGGCUCUAUUCCCAUAUCCUCCUCUACCUUGGUCUUGUCUACAUAGCAGCCUAUGUAAGCUCCUCAGGGCAGAGACAGUCUUUAUGGGUCUACAGCUCUAUGGAACUCUCUAGCUGCUAGUUAUACAAACAACUGACCAGCCCCACUAAUCAAGCACUCCAUGAUUCCUUGCCCCAACAGCUGUUCUUGCUUACCAGACACCACACUUCUCAGACAAAGGAUCCUUGGCUUCAAAUGCUGUAC